AUGGCCCAGUUCAAGCAGUGGGCAUUGGAGUAUGUGCUCUCGGAUGAUGAGCCUGCACAACUGGAAAUCACAAAGAAAGCAGCAAAGGAAAUCGAGAACUCUCGUGCAAGCAGUACAGCGGUAGGAAACUGGGCCGCUUCCGUGCAGCAAUGGAUGACCCCAGCAAAUGCCGAUGAUGAUAAGAUGGAGGAUGAGGACGAAGGGGGCAGCGGCGAUAUCAUUGCUAGGGCCAAGGUGCUCCGCCUCAUUGGCUUCUUCGGCGCCAUGUUCUCCUACGACCACAAAGCGGGUAUCACAGCGUCCGCCAAGGCCUUGCGGCAGUUGUACUCGAUGAAGAACUUCAAGCCCAACAUGGGCGUCAAGAUCCUGGAGGAUGUCUGCAAAAUAAAGGAAGACUUCCGGUUACAGAUUGCCGUCACCAGGCUAGAAAUCUAUGAGCUCUUCCUCGGCUUGGUCCAAGACCCGGCCGUCAGCAGCGAGUUAAAGCACAAAUACGGGUCCUCCUGCGGCUUCGCUGUCGACCUUCUCCAAGUGUGCCAGAGCGAGAGAGACCCACGGAAUCUCAUGGUCUGGUUUAAGAUCCUCGCUCUACUCGUCAAGGAUUAUGACCCUUCAGCUGAAGUAACCGAGGAACUCUUCAAGGUCUUCUCUGCUUACUUCCCCAUUUCCCUACGAAGCUCAGCUACUCCAAUAGGCAUUACCGCAGAAGAUCUCAAGGAGGUUUUGACCGAACUCCUGCCUAGCGGUGCGUUCGGCUUUGGCGCUAACUUCGACCAGUUGGACAUAUUGAAGACUAUCCAAGCGUGCAUUGAGCAGUACGAAAACCCACAAGCAACCGUCGUUCCACAUGUCGAAAAGAUCUGGAACUCGCUCAAGUACGAGGUCCGGAACGGCGAGGUGAAGGAGACCAUAGAUGCAACUCUAGACGUGCUCCGGACCAUCGCUCGAAAGCUCGACGGUACGAAAACCUACAAGCUCGAUGUGUCGCUCCUCAAGAGCUACGUCGAUCUCGUUUCAAGGGACUGCCGCGACGACCUCGCAAAUCCUACCUAUACGAAACAGGCCGGGUUGCUCUUGAUGACAGUCAUAAGCGCUAAUAUCAGGGCAUACGUGCUCUACAACGCCGGCUUCAUUGACACUAUCCGGCAAAAUCUCCGCCAGCCCAAGUCACCCUCCCACACACGGGACCUUCUCUUGCUCUUAAACUCUCUUCUCAAGACUCGGAUGGAACUGUUUAGGGACAGGCAGCAAGCACAUUCGGAAGAUGAGGAGAGUUUGAAGGCCGAGUCCCGUACUCACCUGGACACGUUAUUCCACGAUGUUUACCUCCCGGUAUGGACCGACAAAAUCAAGGAGCCUGUUUCCGAGGAGAAGGAUGUUCUCAAGCAGGUUAUACAGGGCCUUGCCUUGCUCGUCAGCCAGCAGGUCCUACAACCCGACGGGACCCCUGGUCUCUUGUGCUCCGGAUCGGUCUGCUCCGAGAUCUGCUCACUCCUGACCUCCACCAUUACGAAAGGGUUGACUCUAAGUUCGAAUGACAACGGAGCCGAGGACACCGCCGUGGAAGACGAAGCGGUUUUGGGUCUACGCACGGUCAUGAUGAACUACGAAGAGGGGUACCGAGAGCUUGCGAGCAGGAUCAAGGCAGAGAUCAAGUCGCGCGACUGGGCUAAACCUUCGCAAUAUUCGCUUGAUGCCCUGAAGGAUCUCUUGUCUCGUUUCACCUUCAUUGGGUGUUCCGAAGUCCCGUCAAGCAUCACAACCGAUACCCAAACGCAGUUCUCUUCGCUUCAACAUUUCGUCACACUGACAGCGAGCCUCUUGGAAAUUUUCCCACUUUCGCCCAACCCCGAAUUUACUCGCGCAGAUGACGGCGCGUCUGCGAAUUCCCUUGUAAUUUCCUCGCUCCAUGCCUCGGUCAUCUGGUUCCGGGACGCCUGUGACGCAAAAUACGGAAAGAACGCUCUCACUUCAGACUCACCCGAUAACAAAAAUUGGGUGAAUGAGUUCAAGGGGCUGCCCGAAGACUGGUUGUUGCAAAAACACCGCGACAUCGGUGCGCCGAAUGAGGCACUGACCCCAUUAAAGGAAGAUAGCUCUGAAGUGUAUCGCCAAUUUCUGAAGCUCGGCCUCUUCGUUGUGAGGUUUCUAUACCGUUCCGCAUCUGCUGGAGCGCGUGGGCCAUGGGACGAGACGGCACUUGUCCAGCUCUCCCAGAUGGCCGCGCUCGUGGUGAGCAGUCUGGACGAGAAGCUGCAAGUGUCUUGCAACCUGGCCUACCAGGCUUUCAACUUUUUCCGCGACACAACAGAGCUGCUCCUCGAGACACGAUCAGACCUUCUAGGGGGGCUAUUAACGCUGGGUAUUCUCCAGGGACUGCGGCCAGGGGCGAUGGCAGGAUUAGUAGGUCGUAUCCAUUCACAACUGGGGAGCCGAACUAAUGGACACUUGCAGUAUAACCCGGGCGGAUUCGCAGAACGGUUCACAAGUGGCACGCCCAGCUUCAACACAUCUCGCGAAAGCGACAUCCGGGCAGCCAUCGGCGCGAUACUUGCCAACAAGUUCAAGCCCGGACCCUCCACCCCCGUACAGGAGUUGGAGGUCCUGAAGCGGGUGCUCGACUUCUGGGGCGACUGGUUGAAGAAGGAAACCGCCAAUCCAUCCCCGGCCGACCCCGCCGCGUUCCGCGCCCACAGCACAACCGCCCUAAGCGUCAUCGCCGGUGCCGCGGCCCGCCAGGACCCUCACGUCCUCACCCUCAUCCCGGCCCUCCACCAGGCAGCCUCCACCCCCACCCCCAACGGCGAGAUCCUCGCCGCCUCCCUCGGCCUCAUCGUCAAGCAGAACCCUCUCCUCACCACCGAAAACCACGCCAUCAUCCGGCGCUUCCACAAACAGUGGACCUACGCCCACCUCGCCAAACCCCUCCUCCAGCCCGCCCAACCCGGCUCACCAGACAGCGACCCCCUCACGGCAACCCGCUACCGCGUGGCCGUGCUUUCCAUCGUCGCCAACUGCCCCUUCACCGUCUACCAAGACGACCUGGCGCCGCUGAUCCGGCUGCUCGUCACGGCGCUCACCCAGCGCGCGGGGCUCGCGGACGAGACGGCCUGGUCGCAGACGGUGGCCGCGCUCGAGGUGUUGGUCGAGGUACUGGCGAGCGAGCCCGACGCGCUGACGGGUCACUUGAAGGCUGUCAUCGGCGGCGCCACGGGCGUCUACCAGGAGUGCGCUUCGCAGCAGCAGCAGAAGCGGGGUGCCGUGCGCACGCUGUGUCGUCGCCUCGCGCUGCAGGUGCUGGGGGGGAUUCCGGGCCGGUUUGAGGAGCGCCAUGUUAGGGCUUAUGCGCCGCCGACGCAGCGGAUUUUGGCGGUGGCGUGUGGGGAUUCGGUGAGGAGGGUGCGGGAGGUUGCGAGGGCCGCGAGGGGGAGCUGGGCUAAGGUUGGGUUGUAG